AUGGUGGUGGGUCUUCCGGACUCUGACGGAAGGCUUAAGAAAGAGCGCUCUGCGGGGAGUAAUCUUCGCACUAUGAGUCCGCCCAUACAAAGGGCGGCCGAUGGCAAGCCACAACGCCGUCGAGGGAAGAAGCACCUAGCCCUUCCCGCCCCCGGGCCCCAACAGGGCGAGCCAGCCCGUCUUGUCCCUGUUGGGGAGGUUCAAAGGGAUUCGCCACCCCUGAAGGACCCCGAGGCCCUCUCACUGACGGUGUACGUUGGCGCCCCUGCAUCUCGCAGAAAGGGCAAGCGCUCUGCCAAAGCGCUUGACCUUGAGGAGACACCAACAAAGAAGCAACGUCCUGAAGAGGGCCCCGGCCAGACGUCUGCUGUUCCGCAGCAACCCUUGGACUUGCCCACUGGCUACGUGCCAAAUGUGGUCAUAGUCCAUCCACCCGGGCACGACAACCAGCAACAGUUGGAAGUGCGAGGUCGGAAACAAAAGAAAAGGAAGGCCGCCGCUGAGGCGAAGACACUCACCGAAACAGACUACCCGCCCCCUCCAAAGAUCGUUUUCUUCGAACCUGUGUUGAACACGGUCGAACCGUCUUCGGAGCCGGAGAAGGCAAUUCAGAACCCCUUCGACGGAUCAGGGACACACCUUGGAAAACCCGCCCCGGAAUUUCCGGGAUUCAAAGCGGGCGAACAAGGUGUCCCAACGGUGAGCGGUGACAGCCUCAACACCAGCAACCUCUCGUCAGUGGUUGCGAAAUGUAAAGGUUGUCACCACGUCUUUUGGGGACAGAAGAUCCGCAAAAUUCGUAAGCGGCAUCGAUGCCCCCCAGCCCGGCCCGACUCAGCCAAGCCGAGGGAAGCACUACGGACCAGUCCAGAACCCAAGGCGCAGGGCUCGUUGCCUGUGCUCGAGGGAGAUCAGACCGCUCCGGAAGCGGCUCCCCAGGCGAAAGCUGGGCCUGAAGAGGUCCUCGGGGAUGACUCCCAGCAACACCCACUCAGUGGGGCCGCUGGACAAAGAGGCACCCCCGUCCCUCACUCCGACAACCCGGCACAUCCAGCUGAAGCUGGGCCCGACGUGGACAUGAGGACCCUGCCUGUCGAUGAUCGGAAUAGCAGCCAGUCACACCGCGAGCCACUCCCGGAUACCCAAGGCCGGGAUUCCUUUGACCGCCUCAUUGACAUGAUGAUCGCCCUCUCAGAGAAGGUUCAGACAAUGUCUAACCAACUCGAGGAGGUGCGUCGUUCUGUUUCUGCUGGCGAGAGGGAGGUCGCUAAGCCAGCCACGGAGAAUCUGGGAGCCAUUCCCGACAUUCCCACGGCUAGCGAGGCAGCCUCGGCCGCGCAAAGUCCAUCCCUCCCUCCCACAAAAGGGGUGGACUCGGGUCACAAGACCAAGGGCAAAAAGCCGAAGCAGAAGAAGAAGAAGAAGAAGCCUAAGCCUCGGGCCUCUCCCUCACCUUCGACUGCUACGGCCCCUGCAGCACCUGCAGUGCCGACCUCGACUCCAAAGCCGUCGGGCGAAGCAUCCCCCCCUGCAGUGGCGCUGGUUCCAAAGUCACCGGGCCCCCGCCCCAAGGGGAGGGCAGCGUGGGGCGAGCUUGGACCUCGCGACAAGUCCCAAGCAGUGACGCGGAAGGCGGGCGCGGCCAAGCCACCAACCUUUGCUGCUUCGAGCUCGGAGGAUGCCUCUGCGCCAACCAAAGCGUCAAAGGACCCAUCAGCCGCACCUGCAAAAUCCGACUCCAGCGCUAUCACCGCAAGGAGGUUGAGGACCACGCCAAGCGGAAAAAAUGGGUGCGCAAACCGGGACGCGCAGCGGGAGGACCAGCUCCGAGACAGAAAGCGGACGGUCUCUUCAACACCGGAGGGCUGCGCAGCGGUAGCAGACGAGGCGGAAUACUGGGCCAACUUUGAGGCAAUAGACUGGUCACCCAUUCUUGGAGAGGAAGCGGCUAUGCUGCCUACCCUCCGCAAGGUGCCUUUCAAAUGCCGAGGGCUGGCCACCGCCUGUCUCCGUCCAAUUCUUGAGAAACUCCGACAGGAUGGGGACCAUAAGCCGGCCGGGACUCUGCUAGGGCUUUUUCCGCAGCUGUGCCUAUCAACAGCUGCGCUCUCGAACGACUCCCCUCACUGGAAGCAGGUGCGGGAGCUGCUGACCUUAUGGAGGCGCGGGGACUGGACCAAGUUACACCUGCGCGCCCUGGCGGCUAUCAACAAAAUGAAUAGCAGGGUUCGAGAGAACAAGGCCCGAGUGGACGACCGGUACGGCAGUGCGGAUACACUGGCGCGAACACGUCGCUGCAUCAAGUUCGGGGAGCUGGCUGAACUCUCACGAGCAGCAGAGGCGCUGAUUGCGGCAGACCUUGCCCCAACCACGGACGAGACUCGUAAGAGUCUGGAGGAGAAGCACCCCCGCCCCACGGUCCCCUUCACAGCAGAGGACGGCAGCUGCACCCUUCCUCACCCGGAGAAACCCACGAAGUGGGUCCUGAAGCAGGAAGUUCUCGCGCGGGCCCUUCGCGAGAGCCCUCGUGGCUCUGCAGGCGGUCCCACCGGCUGGCGCAUGGACUUCUUACGCGAACUCUUCACGCACCCCAGAGACCUCAAACUCCUGGGGGCAUGGCUUCAGGCAGCAGCAAGAGGGGAUGUGGGGCAGGGGGUGGCGCAGUGGUGGACCUCGAGUUCGCUAGUGGCUUUGGAGAAACCAGGUGGCGGUGUCCGCCCGAUCGCAGUGGGGGAAGUCUUCCCUCGCCUCCUGGCCCGGUGUCUCGCGGUCGACUACCAUGACGCCAUCAUCCGACACCUGAAGCCGAAAGGGCAGUUUGGGGCUGGUGCGCGGAACGGAGCGGAGACGGUUAUCCACGGGGUGCGCGCUGCAUUGAAGGCUAACCCCACCUGGGGCGUUCUUCAAAUCGAUGUUAAAAACGCUUUUAACUCAGUUUGUCGGCAGGCGCUCUUCAAGGAGUUGGUCAAGGGCCCAUUUGUGGGCAUGACCCCGUUUCUGCGAACCCUCUACGGGAGUCCCUCCCCACUCUUGUACAGAGCCGAUGCAACACGGCACACCUUGUGGUCGCGAACAGGAGUGAGGCAAGGGGAUCCUCUGGGGCCGUUUCUCUACGCACUAGCACAACAACCUGCUCUGGAGGCGGUGAAGGCGGCGCACCGAGACGUCUUCUUAUGCAGCUAUGCGGACGAUACGUACCUGCUGGGGGAGCUGGACGCGAUUGGAGCUGCUUUCCCUUCCCUUUGUAAGGAGCUUCAGGGGAUCGACUUGGAAGUCUCGCAGAAAAAGUGCCAGUGGUACGCGCCGAGUGGCAAGCGGCCGUCCGCCGACAACCCGCUCUGCGAGAUGACCGAGGCUGCGGAGGGCCUUGUGGUAGUUGGUUCUCCAGUUGGUAGCAAGUCUUUCGUCGAGGCUGCGGUCUUGACGAAGAUGGAAACUGGGCAGUCGAUCUUGGGCAAACUGCCUCGGAUCAAUCAUGCUCAGAUGGCCUCCCGGAUCCUGGCAGGAUCGGUCUCGGCGCGGCCUAACUUCUUAAGCCGCACCACACCACCGACUUCUUGCUUCCGGGAGACCCUAUCACUCUGGGACACUUCCAUGUUGUGCUGCUUUUCGGAGAUCCUGAACGACGACAGCUUACUCAACCCUGGCAAGGUUAACAAGGCAGCGCAGACGCAGAUCACUCUACCGGAACGGAUGGGUGGCUUCGGGGUCCAAUCAGCCGCGAGGACAGCUGACUUGGCGUAUGUGGUCAGCCUUCUUAGUGUCGCUGGGACCCUGAAGUCCUUCUUUCAGAUGGGAGGGAAGAGCAUUCUCGGAGUCGAGGACAGCGAGGCGCCUUUCCCGCCCAUCUUUGAGGAGGCUGAGUCGGCGCUGAAAAGGCUUCCAGAAAAAGUCCGCACGAAGCUGCCUACGUGGAAGACAGUCGGGGAGAGAGGGCUUGAACGCGGAACUUUCACGGUUUUGGCACGGGAGCUGCAGAUUGAGGCUUUGAACGGGAUCCGGAAGUCCCUUAACCGGCCCCGCCACAAGGCCCGAUUGACCAGUUUGCAGCUGCAGAACGCGGGCGCGUGGGUCUCGGCUCUACCGUCUCGACCGGACCUCCAGCUCGAAAGCGACGACUGGGCGAUUGCGGCGAACCUUCGGUUGGGUCGGGACAUCCCACACCUCAUUCAGGCGGGGACUUGCUCGUGCGGGAAGGACUUAUCCACUUGUAACGCGGCGGGGCAUGCUCUCAGGUGCUCCACCAAGUACGCGCCGUCUAUCCCCCACAAUGCCAUCCGGGACCAUGUGGCGAUGGUCUGCAGGGAGGCGGGCAUGCAGACGACGAUGGAGGAUAAGGCUUUUUUCGGUGGGAAGCCGAUCCCGGAUGUCGUGAGUCUCCACACGGACAGCGGGAAGACCUGGGUGAUGGAUGUGGUCAUCGCGGAUCCGCACGAUAACAAUGCCAACUGCCCGGAGACCAAGCCAGGAGCGGCCCUCAAUGAAGCCGUUCGUCGGAAGAAGGUGACCUACAAGGAGGCGGUGACGAAAGGAGGGAAGCGGAUGGAGAAGACCACCAAAGUGAUUCCGUUGGCUACGGAGAUCUAUGGGGGUUGGUCCAACAGCUUCUCCGACUGCGUAAAGGACAUUGCAGCAACCACUUCGAAGCGGCUUGGCAGACAGUCGGGGCAAACCACCGACCUCAAAUCUCUCAUCUGCCGGAGCAUCGCUCAACGCAUUGGAGUGACGCAGCAACGUUCUCAAGCGGUCAUGAUUCGGCACAGGUUGCGCGCAGCAGUGGAGGCCAAGGGAGAAACGAUGUACCAAGACGCAGGGAGGACUUUUGACUGGAUGGGCUCUCAGCCACCCGCUCCCUGCGACAUUGUGGUAGGAAGGGUAGAUUUCUGA